CCUGGUGAUAGUUUUGCGAAACGAGAACCACGUGCCAUGCGGCCCCGCCUUCGCCCCAAACCGUCGGCGCGGACUAAGAAGGUCAGCGCCCGGGGCAGCGAUGGCCGGAGCCAAGACUUGCUGGCGGAGGAAGACGUCUUCAAGCGACAGAUGAUGGCUCUGCCGGGGCACGUCGAAGAGCGAACGACAGAAGGGGAGGCUGCAUUGGACGAGAACGACGAAGAAGCCCCCAUCGCCGAGGGGUUGCUGCAGCUUCCGAACGGGCGCGGGGCGAACCUGCAGUCAGCGUACAUGAUGCGGCACAUCCACAGCGAACACGUCAUGGGGCUGUCGCCCAUUGAAGAAAUGAAGCUCGCGCAAGGCGAAUUCCAGGCCAAAGCUGCCAUCAACAUGCGCUUAGCCAUGUCGUCCGUGGCGUCGUCCAUGAUGGGCCUCAUCCAUCCACCGAUCCAUUCGGCCGACACGUCGAUGAAAGCGUCCACUGCGGUCACUCCCAUCACCCACCCUGUCGCACCCCCCGUCCGGAAGACGUCCGCCGCGCAGGCCCUGUUGGCCAAGUUCCAUCCGUCAGGGGUCGACAAACAUCCGGGGCCCCAUAUUCGCUCCAUGCAACAGGUCACGAUCGACCGCUUGCCCGAAGACGACUUGCGUCGGCUGUCCGCGACGUUCAACAAGGACGUCGACAACAUGACCCCUCAGCAAGCGCUCAACUUUGUGGAGGACGCUGUCAAGACGGAAAACAUCAUCAAGCAAAAGGCCAACGACCGCAAGGUGAAGAAGCUUCCGUGGUACCUCAUCCACCCCGUGGGCCCGUUCCGCCUGCGAUGGGACGUCGUGAGCCUCGUGUUGCUCCUGUACACGGCUACGUGCACCCCUCUACAACUGAGCUUCAACAGUCACUUGGACAUGGUGCUGCUCGCCAAGCUAGACAUGUCCAUCGAUGGUUUCUUUCUUGUGGAUCUGUGUCUCAACUGCUUCUCCACGUACGAAGUGCGAGGCCGCGUGGAGCGCCGACUGUCGCGCAUCAUGCACACAUAUUUCCGCACCUGGUUUUGCCUGGACGUGGUUGCAUCGUUUCCGUACAACGUGUUGAACACGUACCUCCUGGAAUUCAACGACGGCCUCCGCCUUCUCAAACUGCUCCGACUCGCGAGGCUGCCGCGGAUCUUGACUCGGCUCGAGUACUCGCUGCUGCUCAAGUCGACCGUGAGCGGCUUGGCCAAGUUUUUCAUUCUCGUCAUGAUGACAUCGCACUUUUUCAGCUGUGGCUUUUACAAGAUAUCAGAGGGCGACACUGUACACGGGUGGGUUGCCAAGUACAGACUUGGCAACCUAACCCUGUACGACAAAUACGUCACGUGCUUUUACUGGUCCAUCAUGACAAUGACAACCGUGGGGUAUGGCGAUGUCACUGGCCAAACCACGUCCGAGCGGGUGUGGAGCAUUUUUGCCAUGGUGAAUGGCGCGUGGAUCUUUGCCUAUGGGAUCACAAAUGUGGUGUCCAUGGUGAGCAAUCUAAACAUGGCGGACACACAAUUCCAGCGCAAAAUGGAUUUUGUCAACAAGUACAUGGAUGUUCGCGACCUUCCGCUGAGUUUAAGAUCGGAAAUCCGAGAGUUCUUUUUCAAUACCCGCAUCACGGUGGACACAAAGCUGAAAAAUGAGAGCAAAAUCUUGAGCGAAUUGUCGGCGCUGCUACGGUCCAAGGUGGCGCUAGCAAUCAACGACUCUGUGCUCAACAAGAUGCCGUUCUUUGAGGGCGCGGACCACAACUUUCUCAUGGAACUGGCGUUGUCUAUGAAAAUGGUGUGCAUGCCGCCGCACGAAGAGGUGAUCAUUGAAGGCGAGAUUGGCGAAGAAAUGUUCUUCAUCUUUCGAGGCGCGGUCGAAGUGAUCAACGGCGGCCAGCAGGUGGCCGUGCUGGGCGAAAAGCAGUACUUUGGGGAAAUGGCCAUUUUGAACCAAAAUUGCCUUCGCACGGCCACAGUCAUGACGCUGUGCUUUUGCGAACUGCGCAUGCUCACGCGAGAGCGGUUCCUGCUCGCGUUGACGCAUUACCCUGGCAUGAGGCAGAAGAUCUCCACGAUCAUCCGCCGACGCAGCCAGGCGGUUGCCAAAGUUGCCGCCGCCGCCGCCGCCAGUCGACGGGUGUCGACAUCCAUUGGCAAAGUGAUUGUACAGAAGAAGCGACGAGAGCCCCAGCUGGCGCCCAUUGCGUCGGAAAAUUCAUAUGUCGAACCCAAGCACGGCCCAUCCAUGUCCUUCCCCGACGUCCAAGGGGACGCUGCCGUGUUGGAAGCCGUUGUGGACGCAGCCGCGGCACCGGUACCAGCCGACAACGGCAGUGUGACCCCUCCUUCGUCAUACGUUGAAGACGACGGCAGCGGCAAGCUCACGACAGACCUCACAGAACCGAGUCUAAACCCUGGGUCAACCAUGGAUCGCAUUGAAUUUUGCCAGCAACCAGUCAACCCAGCCGACGCCGCGCGCCAGCAAAUCCUCGAGCUGAUUCAAAGCCAGGACGAGUUGGUCAAUCACGUACUUCUCGUGCAUGACAAGUGGACGCAUCUGCAGUCCCAAAUGCACCUCAUGCACCAAGAGCUGGCAUUUUACCGCGCCACGUACGGAACCGCCCAACGAGACGCUACCUUUUCCAAGUUGAACAACGACGACUACGUGCCGCCACUGACGACCGCCGUGGCGGUGUCACCGGCGUACAAGGCCGACUACGACGAGCUGACGUCGGAAACGAUGGAAAGUUAGGAGUGCUGCAGUAGUAUGAAUGGGGACAAGUUAACCGGGUUAUGUCUAAUGGUCAACGGGUGGCUUUUAGUGUCCUCACAGCAUGUUGUUUGACCCGUCCGGAAUGGUGACGGUGAUCCCGUCCAUUUCGGGGGUUGCUUUGAUCUGACACCCGAGGCGCGAUGUGUCAGUGAGUCCCCAUGCCAUGUCGAGCAUGUCUUCCUCUUCCUCGGUAAUGGGCGGUAACGUCGCGUAAACUGCCGGGUCGAAGACGCAGUGGCACGUCGAGCACGCCAAUUCGCCGCCACAUGCGCCUUCUAACUCUAUGUCGUUGUUGUGCGCGAUCUCAAGGAAAGUUUCGCCCACGACCGCCGACACGUCCUUCUUCGUGCCAUCAGCUUCCACGAAGGUGACGUGGAUUUUGUCCGAGAACGAACGACUUGUAAAGCACAAAGCGUUGUGCAAGCUGACAGGCUGGUGCCGAGAAGCGGUCCAUGCUGCCUUGGCCAUGGAAGGACGCGCGGCUGAUCGCAAUGCUGACGGCAGGACACUUCGUACCGUUGCACGCAUCAUCGUUGCUUGUGGUGGCUGUUGUCGAGGUGUUGCCU